GGGGGGCGCAAGAUGUCUGGCGGGAAAUGUGAUUACGAAUACGGGUUUGCAAGUGUCCGUUUCCCUUCGGGUCUCAGACAGAAACGGUUAGCUUUCUGGAAGGAUAUUUCAAAUUACUAAGGAGAGUGAUUUGAGGCAUUGUUUAUUAUGGCUCACCCGAAAACGCCCUCCACAUCUCUCGAGGGCAAAAAAUUAAAAGUCUCUGUAUCCAAGGAAGAGACAGGACUUCCUGAACUGAGAGAGAGAAAAAAUAUGGUGGAUGGCUCAAAACCCCGUCCUACUUCCCUUCAGAAUGAGUUCAUCCCUCAGGAAGUUCUUCUUUCUCUGACCUCUGCAGCCAAUGCUGGUUCUUGUCCUGAAAACUUACUGCCUCCUAAGAAAAGUAAAGCCCCAAAGGGUACCCUUCCACGCACUGUUGAUCAGGUCUGGCAUCACCCUAUUCGAAGGAAUAAGUUCAAAUAUCUGAUUGACCAUCCUGUUUCCCUAACAGGAGCUGGAAGGGAUAUUUCUUUUCUGUACGAUGUUAAAUAUGUUAAAGGAGAGCCUCGGGAGGGUAUACUUUGUCCCCCACGUUCCCACCAUUCAUUACAGUCACAUGAUGGUGCCAUUGUGCCUCAUAAGCCAAAGAAACUAACAGAUACUUUGAUUCCUGAAGAAUUUCACAUUGUGUCAAAUACAGGAGUUUCAGGUUUAGAGUGCUUCGAUGACAAAUAUACGACUCUCCUCAAAGAUAGUGAAAACAGGCUAUUGCUCUUCCCAUCUAUGAAACCCAAUAAAAGAGUAGAAGUGGUCCGACUGAAUGAUGUGAUGGAUACUAUGCUGGAGAGGGCUGGUGUGGACAGUAAGGAGUAUACAGGGCCAACCCAGAUGCACAAACUGCUACAUACAUUGAAGAAGGAACAGACCAUUUAUAAUACAGUAUUUCAUGAACUUAUUCGACAAGUCACUGUGGACUGUGCAGAUAGAGGAGAACUACUGUCCAAAAUCAGAGAACGGUAUGUACAAAUGCUUGACCAAAUUGCCCGGCAGAUGAUUGACUUCUACAAGGACCUGGUAACUCAGCGAUUGAUGGAUCAGCGCAUUUUGCAAGAAUUGUACAAUUUUAAGAAUGUUAUUGAGGAACUGACCAGGGAGCUGUGUUUGGUUCGGGCACAUGAUAUGAAGUUAACAAAGGAUGCAGAGAAGACCCACCAGGAUUUGGCACAAGCUCUUUUAGAUGCUGAAAAGAAUGCCAAAAUUGUAGAAGAUUACCAUGACUUAUAUAUGUUACAAAGAGGAAGGAUGGAGAAUGAUCUUAAACAAUUAAUGGCAGAAAGAGAUAUCUGGAGCACAGCCACAUAUGAAUUGGCCCUAAAGGUAAUUCAAAAAAAUAGAGUCAUAUUGGCUAAAAACCUUUACCUCAAUGAAAAAGCCUGGAAUAAAUAUGCUAAGCAUUUCAUUAUAAUGCUGUCAACGAAGGACACUUCGGACCUUGCAUUGUUGCAGAAGUUGACACAAAAAUGGAGAAACUCAGUGAGUAAAUUUAAACAGGAAGUGGAAGAAAACGAAGAGUCUACAAAGCAGAAAUUGCUCGUGAUUAAGGAUGGCCUUAUCAAAUGGCAGAAGUUCUUCAGAACUAAUAAUGUACAAGACAGUUUAUCCCUUGGUAAAGAAAAUAUAUUUGAAUCAAUUCUUCCAGACUUCAAGAACUGGCUAAAGAUACUGAAUGAAGAUAAAGAGAAGUUUACUGGGAGUUCUCUAGUGUCAAAAUAUGAUUCUCUCAAGAUUAUUAAAUACUUACAGGAAAACUGGACAGAUGUUGGGUUUGCGAUAUUUCAUCGCCAUAAAAGUAUGGAGGGGGCAAUGCCACCAGAGCUCCAAUACAUGGAGGAAAUUAUAAAAAACACAGACAGACUCUACAAAGAAUUUAAAUUAAGGAUAACUGGGGAUAAUGGUAUCUCUAAAAUUCUUUUAAAUUUGAUUAGUACUCUUGACUUCUAUUCUUACAAGAUCGAAGACCAUCUGGAGUUUCCUGAAGUUCUUCUUGAAGAUUGGGAGGCACUUACAGAAAAAAUUAAUGAAAUGGUAUCUCAGAUGGAUGCAUUGUUAAAUAUUGUUGGUACUGUUCCACAGUACUUUGAUGCAGAUUCUGGCUCGGCACUUGCAGCACAUAUAUUUAGCAUGGUUAAACAAUGGCAUUUGAAGAUAGGCAAUGAGAUUACUAAUGGUAACAUUGAACUUCAGCGCCACAUGGAUGAAUUGCAUAUAUCUAUGAUCAAGUGGAUGGUACAUUUGCUGAUAAUAAUGGUACCUGACUUUACUGACCGAGACAGUCUCCCAAAGUUGGAGGAGGAAAGUGAUGAAAAACGUGAUAUAGGAAUUGCAAAGUUAGAGCUAGACGCAAUUGCACUGGCCAAAAAUCUGUCCCGAUACUCCAGUUAUUUGAACGGUUGUUGCAAAGGGAUGGUAACAGCUAUGGCUCUGAGUAUAGCCGGCAACCUACAAAAAAAUCCUGCUAAGGAACUUCAUGAUCUGAAUAACAUGAAGAAGGAAUGUUGUGAGUGGAUCACCACAUGCUCUCAACUCCUCUCUGGGAUCAAAGGCAGAAAAAUAAAGUUAUUGACAGAUGAAGAAGAGGACCACCUGAUUGAAGAAGAGGACAUUAUAAAAGGAUUACUCCAGACUAAAAUAGACAUGCCUUUUAAAGAGGAUAAAGAAGAAAGUACUGAGAAAUAUGAGAAGGAAGAAGAGAAAGAAGAACCUUCAGAGGAUGAAAAACUCAUUCGAUUCAUUGGAGAAGAUGAAAACGUUUAUUCCAAACCUCUAUCUGGAGCAAAUAGGUUAUCUUCCUGGAGAGAAGCAGCUAAUCAAGGCACACUGGCCUCAAAGUAUCGUGAAGCAAUAUCUAUAAUUGAACACAUGCAGGACAAGUUAAUAGAGGUUGAAAAUCGAGCCAGACAAGCAGAGAAGAAGUUUGAUGAUGCAAAUGAACAACUUCAUUUUACCCUUAUAAGAAAUAAAGAACUAGAGAAGGAACUGGAGGAAAUAAAGAAGUCUAGGAAGAAGGAGCUUGAAGGAGAAGAAGAAAAUGAAGGCGAAAGAGCAGAAGAAGAAAAAGAAGAAGAUGACGACUAUUCAGCAGGAACUUCCAAACCUUUACAGAAAGAGGUACGACGCAAGGAGAGUACUUUGGGCAGCAAAUCCAGAAUCCGGACUAAAUCCAGUAAGGGCAAACCAAAGCCACAUCCAUAGGGUGCUGGGCAUCACCGUGGCUCCCCUACCUGAGUGCACCCCAGGCAUCUCGGUGCAGUUGAGCUGACACUGUGCCUCAACUGAAGGACUUCCAUUGCAAUAGCUAUGAGAAAAGCCACGACAUACCACACACAAACAUUUCCUUUAAAAGUCACAGUGAUGGCUGUAGGGAAUCAGUAUAUCAGCUUAAUUCCCAGAUUAAAAAGAGCUUGUGCAAAAGUUUGCUAACCUCUUCAAUUAUUUCCUACCAGAGGUCUGUGAAAAGUGUCUGUUUCUGUUAAGAAAAUAAUACUUUUUGAAGAGAAGAAUGACAAAUAAAAAGCAUUAUUUUUAAAU